AUGGAGGCUCUCCUCCGCCAGUCCAAGGGAAUGUGCCCCUUCCUCAAGCACACUCCCACCGCCACCCUGCGAACCCUAUCGACCUCGACCCGCCAGUCCCCAGGUGGCGGAACGAUCACGAACUUGAACUUCAUCGCUCGACGAUGCCCGGUCAUGAACAAGGCUCUUGCCGUGCAAAGUGCCAAAAUCUCUGCUCGCAGCUAUGCCAAAGUCGCCCCAGGCACUUCCGGUGUCGUGAAGAAACUUCUGAACAAGAAGCUACACACUACAGCGGAAAAGAAAGCCAGUGUUGACCCUCAUGUUAUUCGUGGCGCCCCGACUGCUCCUCCACCGGUCGCUAGACACCAUGCAGUCGCUGGACCAGAUACUCAUAUCAGACCCAAGCCUGCUGCUCCUUCUGCUCCUCGCUUCAACUACGAGCGCUUCUACGAGACUGAGCUGGACAAGAAGCACAAGGACAAGUCCUACCGUUACUUCAACAACAUCAAUCGACUAGCUCAGGAGUUUCCUCGUGCUCAUAUGGCGACACCAGAGGAACGGGUGACUGUUUGGUGCUCAAACGACUACCUCGGCAUGGGCCGCAACAAGCAUGUUCUCAAUUCCAUGCACAGGACUUUGGACAAGUAUGGCGCCGGCGCUGGCGGUACACGCAACAUCAGCGGCCACAAUCAGCACGCUAUGGGAUUGGAGAAGACGCUGGCCGAUUUGCACGGCAAGGACGGAGCGUUGGUCUUCAGCUCCUGCUACGUUGCGAACGAUGCGACACUCGCAACACUCGGCUCCAAGAUGCCAGACUGUGUCAUACUCAGCGACAGCAUGAACCACGCUUCUAUGAUUCAGGGAAUCCGCCACUCGGGCGCCAAGAAACUGGUAUUCAAGCACAACGAUCUGGUAGACCUGGAGAACAAGUUGAAGUCGCUGCCUCCUGACCAGCCUAAGAUCAUUGCCUUUGAGUCAGUGUACUCGAUGUGCGGAUCUGUGGCGCCAAUCGAACAGAUCUGUGACCUGGCAGAUAAGUACGGCGCGAUCACGUUCCUCGAUGAAGUCCAUGCCGUCGGCAUGUAUGGGCCGAAUGGUGCUGGUGUCGCCGAGCACCUUGACUACGAUGUGUGGGCCAACCCAACACGUACCCGAGAAUCACAGAAGGGCAGCGUCAUGGACCGAGUCGACAUCAUCACGGGUACGCUAGGCAAAGCGUACGGUUGUGUCGGUGGCUACAUCGCUGGCAGUGCUGCUAUGGUCGAUACUGUCCGAUCACUUGCACCAGGUUUCAUUUUCACGACUUCGCUUCCGCCAGCGACCAUGGCAGGCGCGAAGGCAGCUAUCGAGUACCAGUCUGACUACCAGGGCGAUCGCAGGCUCCAACAGGUCCACACUCGUGAAUUGAAGGAUGAUUUGACAGCACGCGGUAUACCGGUCAUCCCAAAUCCGAGUCAUAUUGUGCCACUCCUGGUUGGCGAUGCCGAAACUGCAAAGAUGGCUUCGGACAUGCUGCUGAAUGAUUAUGGUAUUUAUGUUCAAAGCAUCAAUUACCCCACUGUACCACACGGUGAGGAGAGGCUGCGAAUCACUCCCACACCUGGUCACACCAGUGAGCUUCGUGCUGAGCUAGUUGAAGCCCUGGAGGGCGUAUGGAAUCGUCUGAGCAUUAAGCGCGUUCAGGAUUGGGAGGCACAAGGUGGCUUCGUGGGAGUGGGAGUCAAGGAUGCUGAUCCUGUCGCGCCGCUCUGGACGGAUGGUCAGCUCGGCGAUAUCGAAGCUCGUUUGAGUGAUGCUACCGCCGAGGAGCAGCCUAUGAUGGCCGCAGCUGCAGCAGCAUGA